GUUGCUCUGGAUGGGCGUGUUUGCCACAUCCGGCGGUGUCCUCCUGUCGGCGUUCCUUUUCCUGCCCGUGUACCACGGCCUCAACCUCACCAGCAUCAACGAGUACCUGGAAAAACGCUACAGCUCCACCCUGAUCAGGAACGUAGCCUCCGGCGUCUUCAUACUCCAAACGGUUCUCUACACCGGAGUGGCGUUGUACGGGCCGUCCUUGGCAGUGUCAUCGGUGACCGGCUUGUCCGUGUGGACCUCAAUCGUCGUGAACGGCUUGGCCUGCACCUUCUACACGAACAUCGGAGGCCUAAAGGCAGUGGUGUGGACGGACGCAGUUCAGAUGAUACUGAUAUACGCGAGCUACAUUAUAGUUAUUACAGCGGGCGUGCUGCAUGUCGGAGGAUUCGGCAACAUGAUAAGACUGGCUGACGAGGGAGGGCGGAUCAAAAUAUUCAAGUAAGCACGCAACAAGAAAACAGAGCAGUGCCGG